AACCUCCCCCCUCCGCCACCGGGGCCGCCUCCCGCGGGCGCGCAUGUGCCCGGGGCUCCGCUCCGCUCUCCCGGGAGCUCCGCGGCUUCGCAGCCGACACCUCCCGCUGGGACCGGGUCGAACCGAGCCGGGUUGAGAGCUGAGCCUGGCUAAGCCCAGCACAACCGGGCCGGGGCCAUGGCCCCGCCGUACGCCGGGGCGUUGCGCUGCGCGCUGCUCUGCGCGCUGCUCUGCGCGCAGGGACCCGCACCCACCCGCGCAGGAGAGUGCAGCAAGCUGAGGUCCUGCGAGACAUGCACGGCCAGCACCGCCUCGCACAACGCCACCGGCUGCAUCUGGAUGGGCUGUGGGACCCCCGAGGAGCCAGAGAUGGGGAGCUGCAUGCAGAGAGGAGUGGCAGCGCGGGAGGCCUGUGUGCUUUACAACACCAGCACCCUGUGUCGAGCGCUGAAGUCCCCCACCGAAGAGCCUCCGUGGUCCCAUAGCAAAGAGCCGGCGACACACUCCCCAAAGACCACCACCACCAGUGCCCCGUUGACAAGCAGCCCCGAAUUUCACCCACGCUUUGACACGGCCAGCUUCAUCGGUGGCAUCGUGCUGGUGCUGAGCGUCCAAGCCGUGGUCUUCUUCAUCAUCAAGUUCAUCAAGUCGAAGGACAGCACCUACCAAACGCUAGAGGACAACCAGUAGGUUCUGGGUGCUGGUGGCGAUGGGGAGGGGGCUGCCCCCCUGCACCCCCAGAGCUUCUCCCUUCCCUCGUCCCUCCCCAGGGGGGAAUGGCGUGGUCCCUCUCUCCUGGUUUGCAUGAAGGGGGGUUUCCCGGCUGGUUUGCUGUUUUCCUGGAGUUGUUAGCGGUGGAAGGGAAAGGGGUGUCCCCCCUCAGCCCCCUUUCGUGCAUGGAGCCCCUGCUGGGAUGCAGCCGAUGCACAGCCCCUUGGUACCUCCGUGCCCCUUCUGCCACCUGCGCGAGGUGCCCCCGACCCCCAGCCCCACGGUGGCAGGGUGCAAGUCCCCCCUCCCCCUGAGCACCCUUGGCAGGAUGGUAGCUGCAGGGCCCAGUUUGGCCCCAGUUAGAGAGCACCCAGCAGCCCCCCCCCCCCCCCCGGGGCACCCCCUGCCCAUUGCCCCCCCCCAGCCUUGGGGCUUGCUGGGGGGGGGGGU